UAAGAGAAGCCCCAAAGCACCUUGCAUUCAUCCUUGGUGGCCUUUCCUUUGUAAUCGCAGUCGGAUUAUUAAUUGCCUGCCUUUCUUGGAAGAGAAUAAAGACAAAGCCCGUGGAAGAACGGACAGUUGUUUCUCGUCAGCCAGACAGCAAAGACGCAGCACAGUAUGCGG